AUGUAUAAAAUUAGAAUUGUACAAGUACUUUGGAUUAUAUUAAGUCUUCAUGUAAUAACUUCAAGAAGUAAAAUUGUUCCAAAACCACGUAUAGCUGGAGGUGAUGCAGUAAAUAUAACCGAAGCCAAAUUUAUGGUACAGGUAAUUUCCGACACGCAUUGUGGUGGUAGCCUCGUAACACCAAUACACGUUAUAACAGCGGCCCAUUGUGUGGAAGGUAUAGAGCCUUCGGAUGUAACUGUUAUUGGUGGAGCAACAUAUUUUAAUAAAGAUGGUCUUCGUAGAAAUAUUGAUACCAUCUACUUGCCUGAAGAAUAUGAUAAUAUCGAAUCAUCGCUGGACAUUGCUGUCCUAAGAUUAAGUUCUCCUCUAACUGGUCCUGACGUUGCAACAAUUGAUUUAUGUAGCACCCAAUGGGAAGAAGGUGCAUUGUUUAAGGUAUACGGUUGGGGUGCAAUUUUUGAGAAUGCAAUCUAUAUUAAUGAUUAUAUAGUACUUAUGCAAUAUUUCCGUGUACCACUACAAUUACACAUGGUUGAAGUUCCUGCUUUGACAAUGGAUAUAUGUGAAAAACUUUAUGGGAAUGUUUUACCAAAUGUUUACUUUUGUGCCGGUUUAGUUGGUGAAAAGGAUUCGUGUCAUGGGGAUUCUGGCGGUCCAGCCGUAUACAAUAAUCAGUUGUGCGGUGUUGUAUCACAAGGACUACCUUGUCCAGAAAUCAGUUUGUAUGUGAAUAUAAAUCAUGUUAGAGAUUUUCUUGAGAAGAUUAUACAAUUAGAUGGAUAGUAAAAUUAUUGU